UUACUGCAGGGAAGUGCAUUUAGCUGCCCAAGUCUUUGCAGUGCCACAUCUGGGCAUUGCCCCUCACUGGAUGCGCCAGAACACAACAUGCUGUACAAAGUGCUCAGUUCGGACAGCCUUCACGAUCACAGCAGCAAUGACAGUGACUUUGAUGAUUACUACCGAAAGAGCAACCGGUCCCCCAUAGCCGGGAGGGUCGCCAAGACAGAGGCGGACUGUUCACAGCCGAGCCCGAGUACCUCUGGACCCCUGAAGCACAGCAAAAAUAGCCCUGAAGCUGCAAAGGAGGCACCCACUGGCUCGAAAAAUCACAUGAAUACAAAGUGUCAGAAGAAAUACUUGGGAGUAAGAGUCCGCCGCCCAGUUCGAGAUCUCCUUCGUAAUUAUCGCAUAGCCAGAGGAAAAGAUCCAGAUAUUGACCAGGUGGAUGUGCCCUUCAAAUCAAAUAAUUUGAGAAGACGGGUGGUCCGAGAGACUGGAUAUGCGACUAAGUGGAGCUCACGGAUAAAAAAAUCAAAUGCGUUCCCACCAAGGAAUUUUGAAGAACUCCUGGAAGAUUUGGUAGAAGUCUUGGAGACUGAUUUGAAGCAAAAUGAAGCAUGCCCAUAUCAAACAAUACAGAACAUGGAUUGGCAGGAGGACCCCUACACCAGCAGCCCUGUCAGUUUCUGGGGUUCACACUAUGGCAACCAACAGCUGCAAACAAGCCAAGGAAACUUACUAAACGGUUGGAGUUGUUCCUCUGAGUAUGAUGUGGCUCUUCCUGAUCUGGGAUCUGUAUCUCCUAAACCUUAUUCACACUUUAGAUCGGAGGGUUGGAAUAGCUCACCUACCCAGUCAGUGGCUUUCACAUACCGACACUGUGUAAACACCUCUGAAGAAGAUGGGACUUUCAGAUGUCAGCCCUGCUAUUCCCAAACUGUCGAGAAACAAUCUCCACCUUGUUCCCCGUCAUCUGGGGAAGAAUGGUUCAUCCAAGCUGAACUGAACAAUAUUCAGAAUUGCAAAUCUUCUCACAAUGAAAGCAAGUCCCUUCCAGUCACCUCUCAACAGCAACACACUCUGGACGGAGCAGCCUUCUCUUUCUUCCAGUUUCAACUGCAGCAUGUAGAGGGUAGCCUUUGCAAUGUAUCGACUCAGGAACUGCUUUCUGUGGAUGAGAGUGGCAACACAAUGCUACAUAAUGCUGUUAUUCAGGGAAAGAGAGCUUUGGCGUAUAGCCUGGCCUUAAGGAUGGCAAACAUUGGCACAAUUGAUGCAAAGGAUGCCAGAGGCCGAACUGCAUUGCACUUAGCUGCUGAAAGAAAUCAGCACCUGAUGGUCAAUGACCUCAUUUCAUUUGGCGCUCAAAUCAAUGAGAGAGAUUAUUUUGGAAAAACCCCAAUACAUUUGUGUGCAGAAAAUGGAUUUCUUUGUGUUUUGCAUGUAAUAGAGAAAACAAUGAUGAAUGGAAUGGAUGUCGUAAUUGAUGCCAUGGACAAUAAUCAUCUGACUCCAUUACAUUGUAUGGUGUUGGCUCAUGCCACGACAAUGAAACAGUUUGAGAAUUCAGACAUGAACUAUGACAUAAAGAAGUUCCUUGUGUUGAGGAAGGAACAGCUACUGGAUGGAAUGAGAUGUUUGCUGAGGAUGGGAUCAUCUCUCUGCACACAGGAUCUGAUUGGCCGAAAUGCCAUCGACCUUGCAGAGGAACUAAAUGACACUGAAGUUCUGAAUUUCUUUUAUGGCCAUCUUGACGGAAAGAAAAAUGCCCAUCACAAGGAAUUUUCACCAUGUGGAGUAUUCAAUGUGAUGGAUCAAAAAGCUAAUUCACAAGAACUGGCUCCAGAAAAGCUUCCUUGUGACAUUUUCCUGCAGACCAGGAUGUACUGUGAGGAGCUUGAUAAGAGACUCGACAGUGGGUUGUCAGUGAGACAUCCCAGAAAUUGACAAGUAAAAGUCCGGGAGUUGUGAAGUCUGAGCUGAAGUUGAAUGCAGAGUUUGUAAACCUAAUUACACAUAAUUUUAAAAAUGUAUACAUCCAAGUCUUUUACGGACUAAUCGCACAACAAUACUUGGAGCUCUCCAAAUUAAUUUCAGCAAUCUGUUGCAAUAACAGCCAAAAUGUUAUCACUUAAUGAAUGACGUUUAGUUAAAUAAAUAAAAUAAAAUGUGAACCUAUCUAUCUCCCAACACUUGAGCAACUCAAAACACAUUUGAGUUUUUUCUUAUGAAAAAUUCAGUUUACUGCUGAGGAACAACAAGGAAAUUAUGACAAGGUUGUUCCUUGCUUCAGCACAGAUCAGGCUGUUAGUGAAAGGCAAUGAGGGUAAUGAGUCUUACCAAAUUGGCAGCAGAGAAAUGUAACAUUUCAAAGAGCCAUAGAGCAAUCUAAAUGUUGGAAUUAUCUCGUUAUUUUCAAAAACAUGUGAACAAAAUAAAUCAAAUAAUCUGGAUUAGAUAUAUUAUAAUGCAGAAGCAGCAUACAGCAGAUAUUUAUAGAUGUUUUGGGUCCCCAAGGAAUGCAAAUGUUAAGUCCUGGUAUUUUUGCCUUUCCAAACUAAAUCAUGAUGAAUUUAGUGGCAAUCAGAAUUUGUCAUUCACCUGCUGGUCAGGCACAAGAUUAAAUAUCCACCAAAUUGUUACUAAUUGAUGGGAAAUGAAACUCAUUCCAAAAAUACUUUAAAAGGAAUCUCUUCUACCUCCAUUGCUAACCAGUAAUGUAAAGAAUUUCAACAUUAGCUUCUGCUGUAGGACUUAUAAUCAUAUGGAAACCCAUAGUUGCAAUUAGCUGGUUUCUGUGAAACUUCCAUUGUUGGCUGCAUUGUUUAGCAGACUAUAUUGUGCAUUUUAUUUGAGUUACAAAAACGUACAUCUGAUCAUUCCUUUCAUUUCUUGGCUGCUAAGAUUUUAUUGCGUUUCUUUAAAAACUGUGUGCACGUGUUACUUGUUUGUUCCUUUGUUAGUUUAGCAUAUUCUUGGAUUGAGAAUUAAGAUCCAAGGACUGAUAUUAUCUUGCGGGAUAUGACACUGUGUAUUUGGGGGCAAUGACUGGUUUUUGAUAUAAA